GCCUCUGUCUACUUCAAAUUAAACAAUUUGAAAAGUGGUACAUAACUACAUAUACAUAACCUAUACGAAUAUAUCAUAAAGAGGAAUGGCUUAGUCAAUUGCCAAUCUAAAAAUAAACAAUUAAACUAUCAUAUUUAUUGCAUGCAGUGCACAAAUUUAGUACAGAAGUUGUUACGACUGCAAUUAUUUGAUAACUUUAUUAUUUGUCGACGGCUAGCACUAUCGACUAGAAACAUGUCUUUGGAACAAGCUAAGCAAGUAGCGGCUUAUCGAGCAGUUGACGAAUAUGUGCAAAAUAACAGCAUUUUUGGCGUAGGCAGUGGUUCAACUGUAAUAUAUGCAGUUCAACGCCUGGCAGAACGUGUAGAACUCGAAAAGCUCCAUGUCAUUUGUAUUCCAACAUCAUUUCAAGCAAAGCAGUUAAUAAUCAAACAUAAGUUAAUAUUGGGUGAACUUGAAACAAAUCCUGAGAUAGAUGUUACUAUAGAUGGUGCAGACGAAGUAGAUUCAAAUUUGACCCUAAUUAAAGGAGGUGGAGGUUGCUUAUUACAGGAAAAAAUUGUAGCAUCGUGCUCUAAGAAGCUUAUUGUUAUAGCCGAUUACACAAAAGACUCCAAAAAAUUAGGUGACAGAUACAAAAAAGGAAUUCCUAUUGAAGUCAUUCCUAUGGCUUAUGUUCCUAUUAAAAAUAAAAUUAUAGCAAUGUUUGGAGGAGAAAUUAAAUUAAGAAGUGCCGUCGCAAAAGCAGGGCCUGUUGUAACAGAUAAUGGAAAUUUCAUUUUGGACUGGAUGUUUCCUACUCAAGAAUUAGACUGGGAAAAAGUAAACAAUGCCAUUAAAAUGAUUCCAGGAGUGGUAGAAACAGGAUUGUUUGUCAAAAUGUGCAGCAAAGCUUACUUUGGACAACCUGAGGGUACAGUUGUUGAAUCUCCCUAAUGUUAAUAUAACAAUCUAAAAUUAUUAUCUUAAAUUAAUAGGUUUAAGGAAAUAUAUAUUAUGUGUUA